AUUAAUGAAAAGCACCGGAGAGAGAGAUAGGGGAGAGAGGGAGAGAAGAAGGGGGGGCCGAGAGAGUCCGUGCGGGACGACACCGUUGUGGGCGGAGUUCCGAAAAAAGUUCCGUGUCCAAUUUUCCUCUGGUCUCUCCUCCGAACGGAGAGAGAUAGGUAGAGAGAGGAAAGAAGAAGACGACGGAUUUGCUUGAACGUUCCUCGUCGCCGGCCGCCGGUUCACGAGAUCCGGUGAGUCCGCUUGAAUUGAUUCCUUUCGCCUUUGACUUGAAGCUCCGUCUGCAUCCAUUUUGAUUGAAAUUCUGUUGAUUCUGAAGACUCUUCGUCGUCGUCCUCGUCUCUCUGCGGUCCAUUUGAGGUUUGAUGGGACUGAAGAACAAUAGCAGUUCGAGCUUUUCAGUCUGUAAAAAGUUGUUCUGGCGCAAUAUUCAUGAUAAUGAGUCUUCUAUGCUGAAGAAGGAGAAGAUCAAGUACAGCUGUGGAUACAAGGUGUUUUAGCGUCUGUAUAGUUUAACUUACUUGAAAAUGGAUGAAGAGGCCAGUUCUUGGAUUAGGCGGGCAAAGUUCUCUCACACUGUUUGCCACCGCCUAGACCCUUCAAAGUUGUCCUCAAUUCCUUUUAAUAUUGAGGUAGAACGAAAUGCUAGGCUAAAAUCACGACCUUCAACAACUAUCACAAGCCCGAAAUCAACUGCCUGCGAACCACGGAUUCAGAAAUUAACCCAUAAGCAGAGGUCCCUAUCCCCACUUCCUGAGACCGCCCUUUCUGAUGCAUUCAAGGAGGCUAAAUCCAGUCAGAGGCGGUUUUCAACUCCUGUUCCACAGAGGAAAGGACUCAACAAGUCAAUCCUGUCUCAUAAGGAGUCUCGUGAUCCCAAGACAUCAAAUUCCAUCUCUUCAUCAAAUAAAAGCCCAUUAAGGCAACUUGCUUCAAUGAGAAUUAAUGAUAAAUCGAAGGGCAGAAAGGAAUCGGCCUGGUCAAAGUAUUUUGACCAUGGAGGUGGUAGAGUUGUAGCUGUGGAAACAGAAGAAUGGGCUGUGGAUAUGUCCCAGCUCUUUCUUGGGCUUAGAUUCGCCCAUGGGGCACAUAGCCGACUCUAUCAUGGGAUCUACAUGGAUGAGCCUGUCGCUGUGAAAAUUAUUAGGGUCCCAGAUGAUGAUGAAAAUGGAUCUCUAGCUGCUAGAUUGGAGAAGCAAUUCACCAGGGAAGCUAUUAUUUUGUCCCACCUUCAUCAUCAUAAUGUGAUAAAAUUCGUGGCAGCUUGCAAGAAGCCUCCAGUUUAUUGCAUCAUCACGGAGUAUCUCUCAGAAGGGUCCUUGAGGGCAUUCUUACACAAGCUUGAGCGCAAAUCAAUUCCCUUGCAGAAGCUUCUUUCAAUAUCUCUCGAUAUGGCUCGAGGAAUGGAGUAUGUUCAUUCCCAGGGGGUCAUUCACCGUGACCUCAAACCUGAGAACAUACUAAUCGAUGAGAACUUCCACUUAAAGAUUGCUGAUUUCGGAAUAGCCUGUGAUGCUGCUCACUGUGACACUCUUGCUGACGAUCCCGGGACCUACCGAUGGAUGGCCCCCGAGAUGAUCAAGCGUAAAUCCUAUGGUCGAAAGGUUGAUGUCUACAGCUUUGGGCUUAUACUCUGGGAAAUGGUGGCAGGAGCAAUCCCCUAUGAGGAUAUGACUCCCGUGCAAGCUGCUUAUGCUGUACUUAAUAAGCGCUUGAGACCGGAAAUUCCAAAGCACUGCCCACCUGCCCUCCAAGCGCUCAUUGAGCAAUGCUGGUGUGUCCAUCCCGAAAAGAGGCCUGAGUUCUGGCAGAUAAUUAAGGUGCUUGAAGAGUUCGAGUCCUCAUUUGCUCGGGAUGGAACUUUGAAACUGGCGCAGAUACCAGCCUGCUCCGAUCCCAAGAAAGGGCUUCGCCACUGGAUUCAAAAGCUGGGCCCGAUAAACCACCAGAACAACAGCCCUUCCAUGCCCAAGCCAAAGUUUGCGUGAGUAUUCAGCUUUCAAUAGCAAGCCCAGCUAGAGUUUGCUUUCAUGCUAUUGCGAGUGGGGAUUAUUUUGGAGUCAGAAAUCACUUGUGGCUUUCAUCAUGCAUGCAAGUGAAUCCACUGAAACAUAAUUAUGUUUUUGUGUAUAUACAUGUCAUGUACCCGUGUUGUGUGUGAAUGUGUAUAGAUAAUGUGAGAGCCUCUGUUCCAUGUGACGAAAUCGUCCAGGUACAGAGAACCGUACGGUUGUGGUGUCGUGAUUCAUUGCGAAAAUGGUUGGAAUUUGAUUGAUGAGUGUUCGUUGAAGGGUACUCAUUUUAUUGGAUUCUCAAUUGGUUGCGUGGAGUGAGGAUGUAAUAAAUAACUAUUGCCUUGCCUUUCACGUGACCCUUCAAUGGGACCUUUUCCUUUUAUUGGAAUAACUUUUCU